AUGGUGUUGAGUGUUAGAGAAGACGGUGGAAUGUUGCACUAUGAUAUUAUGGAUGGAAAGAACAAAAGAUUUACUGUGGUGCACAAUGUAAAUGACCAUGAGGCCAAAUGCAGUUGCAAGAUGUUUGAGAUGGUUGGACUAUUGUGUCGACACAUAUUUGUGGUCUUUAGAGACCUUGAAAGGAUCCCUCUGAAGUACGUGGUUAAUCGGUGGACUAAGGAUGCAUCUUUAAAAGCUACGUUUGAAAUAGAUGGUGUGAUUUACGAUCAGAAUGGACCAAAGGAUGAAAAGAAGAUGUUGCUGAACAAAGUGUGGUCUGAUAUACACUGUUGUAUGGACAUGGCAGGAUCAAACAUGGAGCAAUUGACUGCAUUUUCCCAAGUGAUUGAUGAACAGAAACAGCUGCUACUGUCAGGAAAGGAGAAAUUGUCCCCUCAGCACAGCAGGAGGACUGUUAUAGAAUCAUAUUGUGGAUCAACAGAAAUUUCAGAGAUCAACAUACUUCCACCGAAACAUGCAAAGAACAAGGGCAGCGGCAAGCGUAUCAAAAGCAGCAAGGAGUUGGCAAUGGAAAAACAAGAGGGCAGGAAGUGCAAUUUUUGUGGUGUUAGAGGAGAUCACCAUGACACCAGGACUUGCCAACUUAACCCUAAAAACAAGGACAAGCAAAAGGGUAAGAAAAAGGCAUAG